AUACGAUGCUACGAACAAUUGCGGUACGCGCAGCAGGAUUAACCCGUCCGGCGCACCUGGUUCCAAACGUUUGCCGCCGUACAAUGUCUUCCACCGGUGCCGAUAGCAACAGCAGUUUGGUGUUGACGGAUGAGGUUGGCAGUAAGGGUGUGAUAACGCUAAACCGCCCAAAAGCCCUCAAUGCCAUCAAUCUGGAGAUGGUGCAACUAAUCUACGACGCUAUGAAACGGUGGGAAAAUGCCAAAAGUUUGGUCAUCGUGAAAUCGGUCGGUGAGAAAGCUUUCUGUGCCGGAGGCGAUGUACGUGCCAUAACGGAGACAAGCAAUGUGGAAUUGGCGAAGAAAUUUUUCAGCACCGAGUACGGGUUGAAUGCACUGAUCGGUGCGUACCGACCAACGUACAUUGCGUUCAUCGAUGGUAUUACGAUGGGUGGUGGUGUGGGUUUGUCCGUGCACGGCAAAUAUCGUAUCGCAACCGAGCGUACGAUGUUCGCGAUGCCCGAAACAGCGAUCGGACUGUUUCCGGACGUUGGUGGUGGAUACUUCCUGCCCCGGCUAGAAGGAAAGCUGGGUCUGUAUCUUGGGCUGACCGGUUACCGGUUGAAGGGGCGUGACGUACACAAGGCCGGUGUAGCAACGCACUACGUGGAAAGCAAAAAUCUGCCCGCCCUAGAACAGCAGCUACUGGCCACAACGAGCGGUACCGAGGUGGAGAGUGUUUUGGACCGUUUCUCGGAAAAGAAAGAUGCCGGUGUUGAAUUUGUGCUGGCCAAGCAGAUGAAGCAGAUCAACGAAUUUUUCGGUGCCCCGACGGUUGAGGGUAUCUUUAAGAAGCUGGAAGCUGAUGGGAGCGAAUGGGCGCAAGGAACGCUGAAGUUACUACACAAAAUGUCUCCCACGUCACUCGUUGUGACACAGAAGCAGCUUGAACUCGGUAGUAAAAUGGACCUGAAGACGUGCCUCAAGAUGGAAUAUCGUUUGGCAGUACAUCAUGCCAUAGAGAGUGAUUUUAAGGAAGGUGUUAGAGCUAUGCUGGUCGAUCGGGAUCAAAGUCCGCGCUGGAAUCCGGCCACACUGGCCGACGUUGAUCCGGUGCGGAUUGAAAAGUUUUUUGGUCCGUUACCGGACAGCAGUGAGCUACAGUUUGAAGACGAUGGACCGAAAGCUUCUUUGUGA